AUGAAACGCAAGCUAGAUGCCAAUAAUGUACCGAAACCCCUGGAGCCAGAGUCGGCCCAGCCAUCGCUGCAGAACUUCGAAGCUUUGCAAUUGGAUCCCCGAUUACUUCAGGCUUUGACGAAGCAGAAAUUCACAAAGCCAACUUUAGUUCAGACAGAAGCUAUUCCUUUGGCUCUGAGUGGGAAGGAUAUACUAGCCCGAGCAAAAACGGGGUCAGGAAAAACUGCAGCGUAUCUACUCCCAGUCAUACAGUCAGUGCUGCAGAAGAAUGCCACCAAUCCGAACCAGAAGUCGACGUCAGCCCUUAUCCUCGUGCCCACUAGAGAACUUGCAGAGCAGGUGCAAGAUACAGUCAUUUUGUUUUCUUCUUUUUGCGGCAAAGAUAUACGCUCUGUAAACCUGACGCAAAAAGUUUCAGAUGCUGUUCAACGGGCGAUGCUUGCUGAGCUUCCCGACAUCAUAAUCUCCACUCCUGCGAGGGCCGUCGCGAAUGCAAAUAGCUCCGCCUUGUCACUGGAUCGCUUGACACACCUGGUUAUUGAUGAAGCGGAUCUUGUGCUUUCAUAUGGGUACGAGGAAGACAUGCAAACUCUGGCAAAAGCUAUUCCUCGGGGCGUGCAGACUAUGCUGAUGAGUGCGACACUUACGUCUGAGGUCCAUACCUUGAAGGGCUUAUUUUGUAGGAGUCCAGUUACUCUCAAAUUGGAAGAGGAAGAGGAUGAAGGGGCAGGGAUCAGCCAAUUCUCCGUCAAAUGCGCCGAGGAUGAAAAAUUCCUUUUAACGUACGUCAUAUUUAAAUUACAGCUUGUUAAGGGAAAAUGCAUCAUAUUUGUUGGAGAUGUUGAUCGAUCUUAUCGCCUGAAGUUGUUCCUAGAACAGUUUGGCAUCAAGAGUUGUGUUCUUAACUCUGAACUACCAGUCAACUCGAGAAUUCACGUUGUUCAAGAAUUCAACAAAGGCGUAUACGACAUCAUUAUUGCUGCAGAUGACCAGGAAGUCAUUGGAGCAACACCUAAAAAGGACUCCAAAACGCCGAAUGAGACUACGGAUAACACAGUGGACCGCGACCAGGACCUGAGUGAUGACGAGGAACCCGAACAUCCGGUGAAGAAGCGCAAGAAGACUACAAAAGAAAAGGACUAUGGUAUUUCUCGAGGGAUCGAUUUUAAAGACGUCGCAUGCGUCCUUAACUUUGAUCUACCUACAACUGCCAAAUCAUACACUCACCGUGUUGGUCGUACAGGUCGAGCUGGCAAGACAGGCAUGGCCCUCUCUUUUGUCGUACCUAAGGAGCUGUACGGCAAGCAUAAGCCGACAAGUUACCCAACUGCCAAACAUGACGAAGCAGUCCUGGCUCGAAUCAUCAAACGUCAAUCUAAGCUCGGACGUGAGGUAAAACCGUACAAUUUCGACACGAAGCAAAUCGACGCUUUCCGCUACCGAAUGUCAGAUGCCCUCCGUGCUGUGACACGAGUAGCCGUCCAGGAAGCCCGCACCAAGGAAAUCAAGCAGGAGCUUCUGAAGAGCGAAAAGUUAAAGAGGCAUUUCGAGGAAAAUCCGGAUGAGCUUCGCCAGCUGCGCCAUGACGGCGAGCUCAGGCCUGCCCGCGUCCAACCUCAUUUGAAACACGUGCCAGGCUAUCUGAUGCCUGCCAAAGGCAAGGCAGGCCUUGGAAGUGGUGACGUUGGUUUUGUAGGGCUGAAGAAGACGAGCGAGAAUCGAAUAAGAAAGGCGAGAGAUAGAAAUCGCAUGAGAGGGAAGGGUGGCCGUAAAAAUAGUCGUGGAGGGGGCAGAAAGGCGGACCCGCUGAAAACGUUCAAAAGUAAAUGA